UAGAACUCUCCCACAUCUAAAUAUUGCAUUAUAUACAUAGGCUAAUAUGAAUUUUGGUGAGGUAGUGACCUCGUGUGGUAGCUCGCUUUGCGCAGCAGUCAGCCGUAUUUCGAUUGCUGCGCGUGCAGAUAGCUCUAUUGCUUGUGGUUUAUGAAUAUUAUUUCCCACGAUUUCAUAAAAACACACAGAGCCUUUAGAAAAUAUGUGUAUUUGAUAUUAAAUGCUAUAUAUCCAACUCUUAAACAGUAGUGCCUUUGCAAGCAGCGAUGGCGUCUAUUCUUCAGACUAUGCAAUUAUAACUUCACCACAGUCGACACUCGACGAGCAGAUUUAUAUCGUUUAGGGCUGGAGUCAAAAUACACAACCAAAAAAAGUUAUAUAAAAAUCAUCAAACGGGCCAAGCGAGAGAUGUUGAUGUAAAGUACGCCGCCCAGGAAACUAAAGCGUGACACAUAUGAUGACGACUGGCUUAUAUACUUCUUUCUGAGGCUGUGAGAAGUCUAUUGGUCCAACCCACGUGCUUAUAGAGGAAAAACGGCCACAUUGGUCAUUUCCUUGUCGUAAGAACAGCUUUUAUCGAACAGGAUAAGGAAAUGAAGGAAUAACGGUACACAGCGCUUUCUCUUUCGUCGGUUCAGUGUCAUUUUGAAACAAUGAGCAUCGCGGAUCUUUAACUCUUUGAGAGCUGGACGCACAGUAAAGAAUGCAGGGUGCUAUCGCCCGGGUUUGCGUGGUGGUAGCGGCUGCUAUUCUCAACCACCCAUUCCUCUUCCCCAAUGAGAACUCCACCAUCCCCGAGCAAGAUGAUGCCCUCCUGGCCAGAAUGAGAGAGCACCAAGAAAACCUGGAGGCUGAACAGAAGCGCCUAGAACAGGAGAUCUAUAAAACAGAGAAGGCUUUGAUAAGUGUUGAGGAUUCGGAAAGUUAUAGCUGUUACUUUUGGAGUGCCCUCUGCCUGGUCAUUUUCUUCACAAUUGAGGUUUGCAGGCAGGAUAUAGUCCCUGCUGAAAUUCCUGACCCUGUUGAAGACGAGGACGGAUAUCUCAACACUGGAUAUCUUAGUUCCAAUACUAUCACCUUAGAUAAAGGCGUCCUAAAUAACUUCUGCAAAACCCGCUUUCAUUCCUUUGCCCAUGAGAAUGGAAGAGUGCAGGAAUUUGUUGAAGGCUUUGCAGAUGACUUGCUAGAUGCUUUGAAAAGUGUUUGUGAUGGAGAGGCUGACAUGGAAGUCGAAGAUUUUGUAGGCAUAGGCAGCAUGUUUGAAUCUUGGAGGGCAUGUAAGCCUCCAGCGUGUGACCUCAUUGUGCCCUUUUCGGCCCCCCAGCCAUACAGGUUUCAGUUUGACGUCUGGUGUGACACCGUCACUGACAUCCCGCUAGACCUGCAGGGAUGUGUAAGGAUUAAACUUAUACAGCCAAAUGGGAAAAACUGUCUUUGUGGCGCCGCCGAUCUUGGCGAUGAUAUGCUGUGUCUGCUUCACAACAGAAAUGACUCUGAGAAGACUGAUGAGAACGGGUUUGAGGAAGUCUUCUGUGUAAGGGACAAUGCUUACUUGUCGAAAGCUCAAAUCAUGAGAUGGUUUCAGAUCUCUGUAACCAGAGCAUGGCAACACAUCUCUCAUAAGUAUGAGUUUGAACUAGCAUUUCAGAACCUGGAGGUCCCAGGCGCUCUUAAAAUCAGAUUUAGGUCUGGAAAGACUGUUUUUCUUAACGUUACGCCUGCUGUUCAGUUUGAAAACACUGAUGCAUACAUCAUCUCUCACUUCCCUUCUGAAACUAGUAACCCUUCAGACACUCACUGGCACCUCUCACUGACUUUGUAUGAAAGAAAUCUACUUAAACAUCUUGCUAAAAAACUACCUACAAAUUCCUGUCACAUCCAUUGUCUUCAGAUAGGGUUUUUCUUGCACAAAAAGCAAACAGCUUUGACUGGGAAAAGCGCUCUUACAAAUUACCAUAUAAAGACCGCAGUCCUACACCUUCUUUUGAGCAAACCUCCUUCCGUGUGGCAAACGCAACAUCUUGAUCACAGAUUACGAGAUUUGCUCAGUUUCCUGCAGAAAAGCCUGGAGGAGAAGAGACUCUAUCACGCUAUCGUCGGGAACCCUCGCGUCCCAGUCGAUAUUCAGAUCCCUGAACUAUUCCGCAGCGCAGAGCCAAUGAACCUGUUUAGACCUCUUGUGUUGCAAAGGCCAGUCUAUGCCAAAAUGGUGGAUCAUUUUCAAGAGAUGAUCAGAAAUACCUCGGUGCUUGUGCAGGAAUAUUCCCUUCACGUCCCUAACGGUCACAUGAGCCAUAAACUCAGCUCGGCAACACAGAGUUGAUGCUUCGAUAAUCUUGCAUUGAGUACUUGUUAUGUUUUGCACCUUAAAUGUAAAUUGCAUGUUAAAGCACUGUUACUAAUGCUACUAUAAUAUUUGUGUUAUUUAUGGCAGUUGAUCGUAGGAUAUUUUAACAGGGAACCAUGGGUAAUUACAAACAAGAAUGUACUUUUUUAUAAAUUUAUAUAUAUAUAUAUAUAUAUAUAUAUAUAUACACAAGUUUUUCGUCACUGUAUUUUGCCGUAUUAUUAAGAAUUUUGAUCUUAUGUGUCAUAUUUAUCAGAGGUUGAGUUUGAGGAAUUGCUUUCAGCAUUGAUGUUCAAUUGGCAGCAGAGAAAAAUGUAUGUGUUUUUCUCACGAGAAUUUGUUAUAGUCAUACCACAAACUGCUUUAGUUUAAACUAGUGUAUAAAGAUUAAAUUAGUGUAGUGUAAGAUUUAUAUUGUUAUUAUGCAAAAGAUUAUAUUUACCAAAGAAUUAAAUGAAAGCACCACUAAUGAGCAAUUCAGAAUGCAGCAUGGUGACAUGCCCUGAAUGUAAAGUCUGUUUACUUUAAAUUGUAAACGUUCCUUUUGCAUCAGUCGUUACAUAACCAGUAGUGGGCCAAACUUGUAACAUCACGGUUCAGGAAAAAUUGUUUAAAAAUACAAAUGUAAUCAUCUUCAUGUCAAAUCUAUAGGAUUUUUGCUGUAGACCAAAGUUGUCAUGCUAUGUAUUUUUCCAUUCAACAAAUCCAUACAAACCUGUUGGACACACCCAUUUCAUGGUGCGUUUUCUGGAGCUUUGACAGCUCCAUUUCAAAACACAGUUUUGUUGUUUUAAGAUGAAAAAUCAAUCAUGGUUGGA